AUGAACUAUGAAGACGAGGUGACUUCAGAAAUACAUAUGGGAAGGGUCUUUCGAGACGACGAGUUUGAUGGUAAUGCAGAGGAUGAGAAUGAGGAGUUUGAGUACAUUGGUCUCGAGAAAGGAGAGGGUAUGGAAUCGAACGGUAUUGAUGUAGGCAAUCGAGAAAGCAGGAGCGUUACGAUGGUUGUUUCGGGAUAUGACAAAUUUCUUCCUGUGGAUGAUAUCAAGAGCUUGUUGAGUGAACAUUUCUCUUCAUGUGGAGAGAUCACAAAUGUUUAUAUUCCCACACGCGUUGGAAGCGAGAGUACUCGCAACAAAUAUGCUUUCGUUGAUGUCACCGGAGACGACGCGGAAAAGAAGGCGUUGCGACUUAAUGGAAGUGACGUUGGAGGACGCAGUGUAGUUGUUAAGGUUAUGCCGCCUUCGCCUUCGUCUGAAUGCUGUAAAGGUACUCCUGAACUUUAUGUUGCGUUGGCCGAACUCAAGGAGAGAGAACGCAUAACCCCCUCUAUCAAUGUUGUUAUGGUUUCGGGAUUUGACACUUCGUUUCCUGAGUACCGUGUCAAGGACCCGCUGACAAAAUAUUUCUCUGCAUGUGGAGAGAUCAGGGUUGUUCGUGUUCACCGAGAGGAUAACGGUCUUCUCUACAAGACUGCUUCUGUCCAGAUUCGGGGACUGAGAGAUGUCGUAGGAGAGAAGGCGUGGGCGCUUAAUGGAGCUGACAUGGGAGGAUGGAAAGCAAAGGUUACGCGUUUUGUCGAACCAGAAGAAGUAAACUUCAACACUAUGUAUAAUUAA